AAACCGACUUUUAGGAUGUUUGGGAGUGAAAGGAACAGACAGACUUUGGAAGGGAACUGACUCAGACCUGAAACUACAGAUAGAAUCUAAAGAUGAAAAUCCUCAUCGCUCUGGUUCUAUGCUCCUUGGCGGUCUAUGUGACUUCAGAUGCUGCCCUUGACUCCCAGCCUGCUGAAGAUGCCCUGGCUCUGGAGGAGGGAUUGUUUAUGGUGAAAGAUGAGGCCUCUGCUGUGGUUAGACAGAAGAGAGCUGCUGGACAUCUAUCCCUCACUCAGCUGGAGAGUCUGAGAGAAGUUUGCGAGUCCAAUGUGGCCUGUGAGCACAUGAUGGACACCAAUGGGAUCAUCGCCGCCUACAAUGCUUACUACGGACCAAUCCCCUAUUAGAAUCACCAUGGCAACAAUCUCACUGCUGAACAAAACUGUGUUUUAUGCUGAAAUCCUUUUAAAUCUGUUUUUAUUUCCCCAUGUGGCUGAACCUAAUGGUGCUAAAGGAGUGAUUGUGGACACGACCUGGAAAGAUUAACUUGUUCUCUGCCUGUAGAUUAGUGUGAUGAAAUAAAGACAAAUAAAAAAGAAAGAUUCUCUAAACUGAA